AGUUUUCCAAAUUUAUUUAACUGGAAAAUUUUUAGGGAUAAACACCAAAAUUAUCGACUUCCUUGGCUUAACUGUAAUUCGGAAGUUGGAUGGGACCCACCUGUGGGACCGUGAUGUCGACCAGUGAAAGAUGGUUGCGUAACGAAAGAUGGUUUUGCAAGAUCAAUCGCACAGAGAACUAGCCGUUGCGUGGCCGUCGCCUACGCACCCCACCCACCGCCCCGACCAAACGGCUACUUCUUCCCCCCCCCCCCCCCCCUAGAAACCCUUGUUCUUGAUCUUGAUCUUGUUUCUCCCUCCUCCUCGGCCUCUAAACCCCCUUGAGAUGGAGAACUAAUCUUGUAUCCUCCUCUCCCACUUCUUUCUGCCAACAAAAUGAUUGCGGAAUCCGAUCUCCAUUUCUCCGACAUUCCUCUUCCUCCCCCCUCCGGAUCAGAUGCCGAGGGGAAGCACCGCAGCCUCCCCCCUCCUACUCCGGUGCCGUCGGCGACGCAACCACCAGUCCCCACCCCUCUGGCCACUGAUCGGAAGUCCCGCCGCCCCCGCGCGAGGCAGAUCAGCUCUCGCUACCUGUCCCCUUCCUCUUCCCCUUACCCUUCCUCUUCCUCCUCCGUCUAUUCUUCUGAAACCCUACGCUUCGCCGCCUCUCCAAGAAAUGGGUUCGCCGCUCCCUCCUCCGUCGCAAUCCUUUCCAAGAAGCACCAGCAGCAGAAACCCCACCGUAGCCACCCGUCUUCUCCCGGGCCCGAACUCGAGGAGGCCGACGAGAACCAGCCCCUGGCAUCCGUCAGGCGGAGCUCGGAGACCCCCCUCCCCUUCUCCGCCCACGGCAAGCCUAUCGGCACCAUCAAGAAGCGGGCCGUCGUCCGAUUGUUCACCGACAACCACAGCGACGCUGCAGAGCAGCCGCCGAGGCUGGAUGAUCCUGGGCGGAGGCCGAGACCGGGAACCCCGGUGGCGCACCACCGUGUCCUGGAUAGCACCACCGUUCUGAGGACGAACACUCGACCCCCUACGCCCUCCCGGGUGAGCCUCUUCCCUUCCGAUGGCUACCGCUGGGCUCAUGGAAGCGGCGACUGCGGGUUGGAUGAAACCACGGAGAAUUCCUUUUCCGACACGGAGACUUGCAGCGUUAGCAGUCAGGGUGGCCUCUGCGACAGCCCGCCCCUCCUCCCUCUUGCGUCUUGCAGAUCGAGGCUGGCCACCGACGUCCGGUCGUCCAUGCCGGAGGCGGACCUGCUGCCCACCAUGUCGGCCAGACGGCAAGACGGGGCCGAGGUCUCUUCUUGUAGAUCAUCUACCAGCUCGCUUUUCUUGCGCUCCCUGAGCUCGGCUUUCUCCGGCCGCCAACAGCAGCACCCCUUCAAUUUGAGCAAGUCCGUCAAUAGGCCUCUCUUCUCGUCUAAGCCACCACAACCUCCGAGUGCUAAACCAGCCGCCGAGGUGAAGAAGGUGAACAAGGCACUGGGCCGACAGGAGGAUGCCCAUGUGCUUAGGCUUCUCGACAACUGCUAUGUGCAGUGGAGAUUUCUCAAUGCGAAAGCUCGGGGGACGGUGGAAGCUCGGGGAGUUGCGGCUCAGAAAUCACUGUGUGGGCUUUCCGGGAGGAUUGCAGAGCUUCAAAGCUCUGUUAUGGAGAAGAGGAUCCAGCUUGAACAGCUCAAAAGAAGAGAGAGGUUAUUGUUCAUCAUCCAUCAUCAAAUGCCACAUUUGGACGAGUGGACCGUUCUUGAAGAUGAUUAUUCAAGCUCUCUUUUAGGGGCAACAAAGGCUUUGCAGGAUGCUUCACUUCGACUCCCGAUUGCGGGGAAUGUGAGGGUAGAUACUCGUGAACUUAGGGAAGUUAUGGAUUCUGCAUUACUUAUGCUGGAAUUACUGUCUCCGUGUGUGGCAAGAUUUCUAUCAAAGGCUGAAGAUGUCGAUCAUGUAGCUUCGGGCCUGGCAAGUGUGAUCAGUACUCAAAGGGUUUUGGUUGAGGAAUGUGGAAAUCUUUUAUCAGAGGCACAUGUGUUGCAGGUGAAGGAAUGCAGCUUAAGAACCCAGCUUAUUCAGGUUAAACACAGGCGCACACAGUAGUCGAUCGUUUGCAACGACACUCACUCCGAGUUUGCCAUUUGAAACAAUUACUAUUCUUUACUUCUUUUGAAAUCACCAGAAGAAGUUUGCGUUCAAUCGAUUAAGGAGAGGCUGAGAGGUUAAGCUCUCUUUUCUUGUGAUAUUAUUAUAAGCUAGAGAUGGCAAAUCAAUGAAGAGUUCCAAACAUGAGUCACAACAGGAGCAGCGAGCGUUCUCUCUCUCUCUCUCUCUUCUCUUUAUUCAUACCAGAGCUACUUCGACCCUUAGCAGCCUCCCGGCCCAAAUCCGAUGACCUUCUUCGAGACAUCGUACACCACAGUGAACGUCCUCUGCUGCACGUUUCCCACUAUCCCCAGGUCACCAUCGUCACUGUUGGCGGCGAAGGCCAGGCAAACCUGCGACUGACUCAGGGCGUAGAGGAUGCCCCCGAAGUCCAGGUUCAUCGUCACACCGUCGCUGAACUCCAAGGCCACCGUCGGUAUCGACACCGUGGUGUAUCCCGUGAAGUCGUAGCAGGUGUCCAGUAAGGAAUCCGGGGCUGCCGCCUUGUAGCUCGACAUCCCCUGUCGGAAGGCCGACCGGAGCGCCGAGUACGCCGUCGGAGGCAGCCGGCUUAUGACCGUGCCGGAGUCGAUGAUCGUGCCCGCGUUGGAGAAGACGGUGGCCGAUAUCGGGAGGCGCUGCCCGCCGACGCUUAUAGCUACCAAGUCCAAGAAAUAAAA